AUGUAUUACAACAAAUAUAAUGGUGGUGUUGACACGGUUGAUAAGCUGAAAUCAGUGUACAGUGUAUCAAGGAAUAGUAAUCGGUGGUCUUCGACGACAUUUUUUACGUUGAUGAGUAUUGCUACGAUUAACAGUCAAAUUAUUUAUAAUAAAAAUACUAAGCAUAAUCUGAAAAGAUCUGCACUUUUCAAGACUAUUGCCCGAGAGUUAACUGCACCUUUGUUUAAGCAACGAGCCAAUUUGUCAACAUUACCAGUAGAUCUUCGUUCACGUAUUAAUACUUAUUCUGACAAGCUAUCAAAAGAUGAUAUUAGCUACGAAAUAGCUGGUAUUUGUUAUCUGUGCCCUUGGCGUAAAAAUAAAAUAUCUAAAACUCAGUGUGCAGGUUGUUUUAAAACAAUUUGCAGAAAAUACACAAAAGCCAUUUGUAUCAAAUGUCAUGAUUAUGAUAAUGAUUAUGGAUACUCCGAGGAGUAG